AUGGAUUUAACACAAGCAGCACAAUCAGGCCUCUCACUUGGAUUUCACUCGAGUCCGAUUCCACUGCAACUACUCGAUCAAAAACAACAAACCCACAUCGAUAACGAAGAGAAUCAAACAGAAGAUGAGCAAUUUAGCAUUUUGGGUCAUCAAAUGUGUAUAAAGAGACCGAGAGAUAACAGUUCUCAAUCAUCAUCGUCAUCAUCGACGACAAAUUCAUCCAAACGGGUUGCUGUGGAUCUGGGUUUGGAGUCUCGUCGGGCUAUGGUUCGGGCAUGGGGAAACCACCCGCUUCCAAUUGCGGAUCCAGAAAUUCAUGAGAUUAUGGAGAAGGAGAAACAAAGGCAGUUUAAAGGUAUUGAAUUGAUUGCAUCAGAGAAUUUUGUUUGCCGUGCGGUUAUGGAAGCUCUUGGUAGUCAUUUAACUAACAAAUACUCUGAGGGAUUGCCUGGUUCCAGAUAUUAUACCGGAAAUCAAUAUAUUGAUCAAAUUGAAAUUAUUUGUUGGAGUCGUGCCUUGACAGCUUUUGGACUUGAUUCUGAUAAAUGGGGUGUUAAUGUUCAGCCAUAUUCCUGCACUUCGGCUAAUUUUGCUGUUUACACUGGGCUUUUAUUGCCUGGGGAUAGGAUCAUGGGGUUAGAUUCGCCUUCUGGAGGGCAUUUGAGUCAUGGGUAUUAUACACCGGGAGGGAAAAAGGUGUCAGCUUCUUCGAUUUUUUUUGAGAGUUUGCCUUAUAAAGUGAACCCACAAACUGGGUAUAUUGAUUACGAUAAGAUGGAGGAGAAGGCUAUGGAUUUUCGACCUAAGAUACUGAUCUGUGGUGGGAGUUCGUAUCCCAGAGAGUGGGAUUAUGCGAGGUUUAGACAAGUUGCUGAUAAGAUUGGUUCUGUUUUGAUGUGUGAUAUGGCUCACAUUAGCGGGCUUGUGGCAGCUAAGGAAUGUGUUAGUCCAUUUGAAUAUUGUGAUAUUGUUACCUCUACAACUCACAAAAGUCUUCGAGGCCCUAGAGGGGGGAUUAUAUUUUAUAGGAAAGGCCCAAAAUUGAGGAAGCAGGGCAUGCUUAGUCAUGGUGAUGGUAGCAGCCAUUAUGAUUUUGAAGAAAAGAUAAAUUUUGCAGUCCAUCCAUCAUUACAAGGGGGUCCUCACAAUAAUCACAUCGCUGCUCUUGCCAUAGCCUUAAAACAAGUGGCUACACCAGAGUACAAAUCAUAUAUGCAACAGGUGAGGAAAAAUGCUCAGGCAUUAGCUUCUGCUUUAUUGCGAAGAAAAUGCAGAUUGGUGACUGGCGGUACUGAUAACCAUUUGGUGUUGUGGGAUCUAACUACUUGGGGCUUAGCAGGCAAAUGUUAUGAGAAGGUGUGUGAAAUGUGCCACAUCACUCUAAAUAAAAGUGCCAUUUUUGGUGAUAACGGUGCUAUCUGUCCUGGGGGAGUGAGAAUUGGUACUCCUGCUAUGACGUCAAGAGGUUGCUUAGAGGCUGAUUUUGAGACGAUUGCCGACUUUCUUCUUAAAGCAGCUCAGAUUACGACUGUUGUGCAGAGGGAACUUGGAAAAAAGGAUUUUCUCAAAGGUCUUCAUAACAAUAAAGAUAUUGUUGAGCUUCGAAAUCGGGUUGAGAUAUUUGCUUCUCAGUUUGCCAUGCCAGGAUUUGACAUUUGA